AUGGAGAAAACAGGAAGUGGUAAAUCACCGGGGGCGUGUCCGCAGCGGUCUGCACAUGGACAUUACCGGGGGCGUGUCCGCAGCGGUCUGCACAUGGACAUCACCGGGGGCGUGUCCGCAGCGGUCUGCACAUGGACACACCGGGGGCGUGUCCGCAGCGGUCUGCACAUGGACAUCACCGGGGGCGUGUCCGCAGCGGUCUGCACAUGGACACACCGGGGGCGUGUCCGCAGCGGUCUGCACAUGGACAUCACCGGGGGCGUGUCCGCAGCGGUCUGCACAUGGACACACCGGGGGCGUGUCCGCAGCGGUCUGCACAUGGACAUCACCGGGGGCGUGUCCGCAGCGGUCUGCACAUGGACACACCGGGGGCGUGUCCGCAGCGGUCUGUACGUGGACAUCACCGGGGGCGUGUCCGCAGCGGUCUGCACAUGGACAUCACCGGGGGCGUGUCCGCAGCGGUCUGUACGUGGACAUCACCGGGGGCGUGUCCGCAGCGGUCUGUACGUGGACAUCACCGGGGGCGUGUCCGCAGCGGUCUGCACAUGGACAUCACCGGGGGCGUGUCCGCAGCGGUCUGUACGUGGACAGAGGACCCAGGACCCUGGACCCUGGACCCUGGACCCUGGACCCUGGACCCUGGACCCUGGACCCAAACAGCUCUCACUGAUGAAGCACAAUGACUUGGGGACCUUGCUUCUGGCUGAGUGUCUGUUGGAGGAGUGUUUGCAGAAGCACAUGGAGCAGCUCAGACGAUGCAAACCUCUGGAAGAUAAGACUGUGUCUAAACUGAGCCGCUCCAAGAACCUGCUCAACACGGCUCUGAGCCGCGGGCGCCUCACGCCGCGGUACCUGAACGAGGCGCUGCUGCUGAUGGCGAAGGUGCAUUAUGUCCAGGGCAGAUACAGAGACGCCCAGGGCAUGUGUGCACGUGUGGGUCUGGAGGAGCUGACCCAGGACGACCAGCCCAUCUACCACCUGCGCCUGCUGGCAGAGGCCUUCGUCAUCAAAGGGCUGUCUCUGGGACAUCAGACGGCAACGGGUUUGUCCAGGGUUCGUCUGUCGGAGCGAGAGGAGGAGAGUCUGUCCUGUUUCCUCAAAGCCUGUGACGCUGCUCUGUCUUUCCUGCAGGAGCUGGACAAGCACGUGUCGACGCCGCACUCAAAGACGCCGAAAUCCCACAGUCCUCUGCCUCCUCCUCCAGACAUCGAGCUGGGAUACUUCCUCCAGGCCGCACUGCAGAGCGGGUACCUGUGUCUGCUGCACCGAGGGUGGGUCUGA